AGAUAUAGUCAUCUACUCUGCCAGACGUGUGAAUCUCCAAAGCUAUCACACAACACUUUUGUUCUCUGGUUGAGUAUGAGCAGUUUAUAUAUGCACACUGACAUGAAGAAAAUGCAACUUAUCUUAAGUUAGUGAGUAUCCUUUUCUUCUCUUCCUAGAUCUUCUUUAUGAAACAUGAGCGCCGAUCACUUUGACUGCCAUUACUGCAAGGCUUCACUUUUGGGCAAGAAAUAUAUUUUGAGAGAAGAAAGUCCAUAUUGUGUUAAAUGUUACGAAAAUCUUUUUGCUAACUGCUGUGAAUUGUGCAGGAACCCAAUUGGUUGCAACUGCAAGGAUCUCUCAUAUAAAGAUCGUCACUGGCAUGAAGAGUGUUUCAAAUGUGCUAUGUGCAAAUGCUCAUUAGUUGAGAAACCUUUUGCUGUUAAGGAUGACCUCCUUCUCUGCACAGACUGUUAUUCUAAUGAAUAUUCCUCCAGAUGUUUCACAUGCAAGAAAUCCAUUAUGCCUGGUGCUCGCAAAAUGGAAUAUAAAGGUAAUAGCUGGCAUGAAACCUGCUUCCUGUGCCACCGCUGUCGCCAGCCAAUAGGAACCAAGUCUUUUAUUCCCAAAGAUAAUGGUUACUUUUGUGUGCCAUGUUUUGAGAAGCAAUUUGCUCAUCAUUGUGAUUGCUGCAAAAAAGUUAUAACUACUGGAGGAAUUACUUAUCAUGAUAAGCCCUGGCACAGAGAAUGUUUUCUUUGUACUGGAUGUAAAAAACAGUUAGCAGGGCAACGCUUUACUUCCAGAGAUGACUUCCCAUACUGCCUUGAUUGUUUCAGUAAUCUUUAUGCAAAAAAAUGUGCCGGUUGUGCCAAAGCCAUUACAAGCCUUGCAGGAGCAAAAUAUAUCUCAUUUGAAGAACGCCAGUGGCAUAGCGAGUGCUUCAACUGUAUGAAAUGCGCCGUCUCACUUGUAGGACGUGGAUUCCUCACUCUUCGUGAUGAUGUCGUAUGCACUGACUGCGGUCGUGAAAAGUAACUUCUGGUGAAAGGAAAUAGGCGGUCAUUUUCUAUCGGAAAUAAAGCAUGUUGUGUUCUUUGACACAGUGGUAUGCAGUAUAUAAAAUAGGUGAAUGUUAAUCCUAGGUUGAAAAAUUUAAAGACACUUAGAAUUAAAAAAAAAAAGGAUAAUAAGCCUCCAAAGUCAAAAUGUCACAUUUCUCAUUUUUUUAGUGCAUAUUAAAAUGUUUUCAGAUUUAUUCUCUACUGCUUGUUAGCCUUAUACUUUUAAAUCAUAUGCUUAUUUUGCAAGUUUGCCUGAUAAUAAUAAUAAUCCUUCACAUUUUAUUUUGCAUUUCUCACUAUUCAAAGCGCUCUCCAUGCAGGGAGGAUUUGGGACACAAACCCAUGUUCUCCUUACUGCAAGGCAGCACCAAUACCACUGUACCACUUGACUGGUACUGUGAUUGAACUGAUACUUUAUUUUACAUAGUUACUAAAAAAAUAGUUCCUGUUUAAUGAUUCUUAGAAUCAGACAAGUUAUGAAAUUUUUAUCAUAAGACAAUUAAAAAAAUGUUAUGACCCCGGAGAGUCGUAAUGUGUAUGUUGGUUGGACAUGGAAGUUGGAAUUUCACUGUACUCUGUGCAAGUGACAGUUCUACUAUUACUACAUUCAUAAUUUUGUAAAAAGCUGGCCAACCAUACUGGCCUACUCCAUAUUAUCCAGCUUGUGGUGCAAAAUCUGCCAUUUAACUGGAGUCUAUCCUGGGAUGGUUAGGUAAAAGGAGGGAAGCAUGUUUGUAGGGGUGCUGGACCCAGUAGCAUAAGCAUCCAUGCUCACUCACACCCCAGGUAAGCUGAUUUGUGAUAUUUCUUAAAUAAAAUGAUAUUUUGCAUUUUA